UGAGCAUCUCAAUCAAAGGGUAAGACGGUAUACUAGGAUAAUAGGCACGGCGCAACACUGGGUGAGAGUCUCGCUAGCGAUGCAAGAGUCUAAUUGAGCUGGCUACGGAAGAUGUAUAGAGCAGCCGGGAGGGAAUGUAAUACUCCUCCUGAAUAUAUUAUUCAGCGCACCGUAAGGAUCUUGUGCUAUCUUCACCUGUCAUUUACGAGCCAUGGCGCCGGGGCUCGCGGGUUUGACCAAUGCGUGUGGUGAUGAUGCCCAGUAUUUCUCAAGGAUGCGAAGCGAGAUUCUUUUCGGAGGUUCCGACAGGCACGGAGGAUGCGUGAAUAAAUCUUUUUGGAGUGAAUUCAUGAGACAUCUUCAUUACUUAUACAUGCGCUCUUCUCUUUCACAUCUGAGUGAAGAGGACUGAAAGGAGGCAUCAAUUUUUUGUCGCGUUACUUUAAUUUGCCUUAGGAGAUUCGUUCGUGGAUAUCACUUGAUAGUGCAUGUGGAGAGGUCGGAUACAUAUCUGGAUGAUGUGAUUGUGAAAGGUGACUUUGAAAUAGCCUACUUUGCAUCAAUGUGAGCCCGUGUGUCGCAUUUCCUUAAUUGUAUCUACUAGUAUAAUGGGCACGACAGAGGAAUAGAACAAAAACGUAUUUGAUUAUUACAAGAAAGGAAGAUUCAACUUCUUAUAUCGCUUCAGCUCUUCAGUUACAAUUCAUAAACUAUAUGAAAUGAUCGUGAUCUUUGACCAUUGAUGGACAUUAAUUAAUUUCUCAAGGUUUUAUUAACUAAUGUGGUGUGGCUCAUAAAUUAAUUUAGUUUUACACAUUAUUUCAAGUAUAGAGGGAAAAAUUUUUCCAGCAGCUUGGAAUCGCCCAUAUUAUCAUACUCGUGUCAAAAUAACUCGGGUAUUGCAAGCAGAAAGUACUUCGACUUUAGAUGCGAGCGUUCAAUCAUGUUACUUGCUCAAAGGUGACUUUUGCGUGACGUCGACAACUUAAUCCACAGUUUGCAAUCAACGCCUAAAGAUUUAAUUAUCAGCGUGUCGCACGAUCACCUCAAAAGCCGUUUAACCCUUGUAGUCUCGGGCGGAUAUGUCAGAAGUUAAUCCCUCACGCAAGGAUUACCACAGUGUAUGAACACGAAACUAAAUUAUACCGAGGACAGACAUACUAGAACCACGCAUGCAUAUACUGCUUUACAUCUGUACAUGGUGGGCAAGGUUUAGCUUGGUUACAUUCGUCAUGCACUGCAAGGGUAUAUAUCUAUAUCUCGCUGUCAUUUAGUUUUCUCUGCAGCCUACAUAAUGACCACACCUAAAUGACAGUUCUUCGUCACCUACCGCAUUUAGACAACUUUCACUCUUUCAUUUCUGUAUUUCCCUACAAUAUUUAUUAUCAGUCGGGAGAUCUCAACACGCUAUCAGGUCAGCUCCAUUUCACUUUCCAGGCAAUACUUCCUGAAGGCCUAUAUCCUGUCUAUACGAGCGAUAUACCCAGGCCAGUAUACAUUUAAGUAGAUAAUAUACUCGGAAAUCAUUCGACGUGUAAGAAUGUAGACACCACUGCUAUGCUUAUCAAAUUAAAAGUCGCAGUCUCCCACGUGGCAUGCUAUAUUUGCCUGGUCUAAUUCAAUAUUUGAUAAGGAUCGCAUCUGGAAGCAGUCGAGCUGCUAUCUUAUGCUGAUGGUGAAUGUGGAUUUAUCGAAGUAUAAUUCGUUCAUGAUCGUAUGACAGCAAACUGGGUUUUGUGUUCAUUUUGAUGGAUCAAAUUGCACUUGUUACGACUGUCAUCUGUCGUCAUUAUAAUAAAUAAAACUGAAAACAUUUGUUUCCAUUGGAUGUGUGAAUACAAUAAUUGGUUGGAUCAAGGUGUACCUAGUUUAGUGUCACUGGGAGUUAUCAGUGUAUUGUCAAUCAGCAUAAUGAUUUGGAGUUAACUCGACAUCGCAUUUCGAUUGCUCGGGGAAUGAUCAUAUUACAAGUUCCGUCAUAUAUCUUUCAAAUAACUAUGAAGCACUGAUAACAUUUCCUAUAUAACUUUUGUCAGGAUUAAAGUAUUUUUUUCAUUCUACUACAUACUUUUUCUACUGUGACAAGAUCUAGGCCUAUAUAUACACCCAACAAGAUGGGGUACUCGAUGGAAAAGUUUGUGACGAAGCCCAACCCUAAUCUGAUCUGUGGCAUCUGCGCGUGUGUUCUUCGGGAUGCUGUCCUGACCCGUUGCGGACACGCCUUCUGCCAGGCAUGUCUAGACACCUGGUUGGCCAGACCAUUGGCGGGAACCUGUCCUCAAUGUCGCACCUGCAUCAGUAAGUUCCAGGUCAGCCCUGUCUGGGCCAUCAGGGAAAUCAUCAACGGAUUGUCCAUAUACUGCAGCAAUGCUGACCGCGGCUGCUCCCUGACAUUGGGUGUCGAGAACCUGGAAAAGCACCUGGACUCCUGCGGCUACGCACCUGUAGAAUGUGUGGCUUGUGGCGUUGUGGUCAACAGACUCGAUUAUCCGGCUCACACGGUUGACUGUGAGAAAUACACAAUGGAGAAAAGUGGACAGCAGAUUUCGACCCAGACCUCAACCGCACCCGACGCACCGGACAUCGAGAAGUUGAACCAACGACUGAACGCUCUUGAGAUACAGCUGAAGCAUAGCCGGAAGCAGCUCCAUCUAUGCCAAGCCGACAACCGAAAACUGGAACGGGAGUUGUCCAAAACACGCAUCGACCUGCAGAGAAAACGAACUGAAUUCAACAGCUUCAAAGCCCAGAUGUGUGAGUUCGACCCCGAUUAUUCGUAUGGCUUUCACCCAGAUGGCAUCUCAAAACUCUCCCUCCUCAUCGCCUGCCAUCAACUGGAGAAACCCGACAACAUCGACCAGAACCGCAUCUUCAACUGCAUCCAGCGUUGCUAUGACAACUUCGCACGCUGCGGUUCCCGGUUCGAGCACGACGUCCAUAUGCUGAUCGCCACCGCCUAUGCCAGUAAGUGGUUUUCUGAUAACCAGAAGAUCAACUUUCAUUGUUGGUUGCAGAGCAUCGCAAGAUAUCGAAAGUAUGCUGACUGGGGCAGGACAGCUGUCAGUCAACAAGGCCUCCAUCAACAUCAUCAAGAUGAUGGGAAUUUGAUGAGAGGUCAGGUUCAUCGAGGUACGGUCAAUAUAGGGAGUAACCAAUUAUCUAGGUAACUGUCUCUUCGAUGAAUCCUCAAGUUAAUAAAGAAUCAAGACCGUAUACUGUACAUUAGAAUGAAAAGCAAGCAUUUGAGUUUAAUGUAAUCCAGAAGAAUGAAUGUAGAUUUGUUCAUUUAAUUGAAAUUUCGAGAGUUCUUUUACCCAAUAGAAUUAGCAGGCAAUUAGUAAGCAAAAAUACCGGGAACAAAUUAUUCUUCUUGGUUUUGUAGGCAUACAUAUUAUAACCCACCCCUACCUUGAAGUUAUGUUGUGGUUCUUUAUAGAAUAAUUUGAAGAGCAUACAAUUUUUACUCGUAAUGUCAAAUAAGAAGUUUUUUUUAAGGCAGAUAGAUUACCUUAUCAUCAUACCACUUAUUAUCUAUGUUAUAUGCCUAUUGCCCAUCCCAUUUACAAAACAUAGUGCCUAUAAAAAAUAUUUCCUGUCACACAUUUAGAAACUAAUAUAUUCGUAAAAUAAUUAAUAGAUGGGUUAAGAUGAAUUAAAAGCACGGUUUUUCAGUUAAAAAAAAAUAUUUCCAGAACCAUUCUUGUGCUGGUUUAUUAUGUUAAUGUGAGACAUACGCCAAAGCUUUAAUUAGCAGCAUUUAGUAAUGAAUGAUAAUUUCAUACUCAGAAUUUAUGAAUAUUUAGUUUAUUGCCAAUAACAAUUCUUUCUGUUAUCAUAAUGUAUUAUGUAUGUGGCAAACAUUUGUUGACAAUGGCAUUUAUUAUGAUCUACCUCAAAAUGUGAUCAUUAUUACCGUUAGGCCUAUACUAUUUAAAUAAAUCUUUUGGAAUUGAAUUCUCAUCUUCAAUACCAGUGCUUACACUGUCAUGUAAAAAUUUGUUGUUGAAAUAACCUUCAUUGUUGCACCUAUCACUGCCUAUUAAAUGUAUAAGUUUACAUUAGAUAGAAUAGUAUUGAUAUACUUUAUAGUAACUCACAAUAUUCUUCUUGUUUAGUUUUGUACGAUUCACAGAUACAUUAUUUGUCAGUUUACUGCAUGUAUGUGCUAUUUUGAUAUAUUCGAGUGCCAUAGGGGGUGUAAGAGCUUCGAGAUAAUUAUGCACUGCAAAAACUCCAGUGUUGAUUUAACACCAUACCGGAAUCUAUAUAUGUCCACACCAGAGAAGUAUUGAAAAAACACCAGUCUGGAAUCAAACCGAUGCUGUUUUAAUUCUAAUUGGUGUUGUAUAAACACCUAUCUGGUGUUAGACCAAAACCAAACUGGUGUUGUUCAACACUUCUCUGGUGUGGACAUAUAUAGAUUCCAGGCUGGUGUUAAAAUCAACACCGGAGCUUUUGCAGUGUGGUAAUAUGAUGAACCUUAGCCAAUAUUAUGUAUCAGGCAAUUUUUCCCAAAUUUUGUCAUCAAUGUCCAAGGGUAGGGGAACCAGGGGCUGGAAAAUUUGACAAGCAAAAAAAAAUAGUUAUCACCGCAAAUGUAAGGUCAUUUCGACCAAAAUAAAUUUGACAAGCAAAAAAAAAAAAGUUAUCACCCAAUAAGUAAGGACAUCUCGCCCAAAAUACAUGUUUUAAUUCAAUUUCUUUCUUUCCAUCAUAAAAGGCCGAAAAUUGUAGGGAGCAUUUGAUUGUGUCCCCCUACUAUUUUGGGUAGGGGGGGGCACGUCCUUCUGUCCCCCUGGGAUUUCCGCCCAUGCCAAGGUCCAGUCUAGAACAAUUUUAAAACCGCAUUUAUUGAUAACAGCAAUGAUUUGAAUUUCCUUUAACUGUUAAAAAAGGGUAACUUCAACAUUUCGAACUGAUUGCAGAUCAGAACGCUCCCGAUGAAGAUCAUCAUUAAUUCUGACAUUUUCAGUCCUUUCCACAGUCCUAUACAUGGAAAGAGGUUUUGAAUCAAAAUGUAAAAUAAAAAUAGUCCACAGAUAUCUUACUUUGAUCUAGUAAAGUUGCAGAAUGUAUCAAAUAAAACACUUUUUAUUUCAUACCAUCCGCUUUAUAACUAUUUCAUACAAUAAUAAUUGGAAUAGUGAUAUAUGUGCUUAAACGUGCUAAAUUCGUAGGAAAUGUAUUUUUUUACGUGUGUGCUAUAUUGCAAAUGGUGAACGUAAUGACCCAUUAUUAUUGUUGACUCUAGUAAUGUGAUUAUUGUGCAUUAAUAAUUGGUGGAAAUUUUAAACGAACAUGCCGUUUCAAGGGGGAGGGGUUGAGAAUAAUCAUUUUGACCAAAAAUGUUGGCACUGUAUCUAGUAUUCGCAUCUAACGUAAUAAAAUCAUGACAUAGAAAUUUAGAUUAAUUAUGUUAAAAAGUGUUGAUUGGACUUUAUCUAAAUGUAAUCGCUUCCGGUUGGACAAUAUUCAAAAUAUUCAAAAUUAAAUCUGUUUGGAGUGGGGCUUUUGAGUUUUUUUUUAAUUUGCUAUUAUUAUCAUUAUUAUUUUACUAUUGAUUGUAUUUUGUCUAGAUUCCACAUUCGUAUCACAAGUUCUUGUACUUUGGUAACACAUUGCUUGUAUUUGUAUUAUUUGUAUUAUUAUGCCGAGAAAAGACAGGACAGAGUGAGUUGAUGGGAAUAUAGUAGAAUACAACGUCCCUUUCUAGGAAACAGCUAUAUCAUUAUUUGAAUGCCAUAUAUAGAUGUAUAAAAAAUUAGUGAUCUUUUGUUUAAAAUUGAAAGAGAGUAGAUGAAGUAGCCUCCAUGCAGUUUAAACUGAAUUAAAUACCUUUAUGACAAAUAUA